ACGUCGACGUGUAAACCAGGAAAUAUCUGUGCAAGAAAUGGUGUGUUGGCAUUCUGGAGAAAUUUGGAUCAAAGUACCAAAUAACGGUGAACUUCGUCGUCCUACGUGUCCAAAUACAGCAACCAGACGUUUCGUAAUGCAGAAAUACUUUCAUUGAGCGACACUUUCUCUCGAAAAACAAGAACAGCUGAGGAAGGAGAAUGGGGAAGAAAGAUGCCAGCGCAACCAGAUUACCAGUCGAUCAGUACAGAAAGCAGAUUGGUAAGCAGGACUACAAAAAGACAAAGUCUGCAUUAAAGGCAACACGACUGAAAGCUGAAGCAAAGAAGAGUUCCUCUGGAUUCAAGGAUGCAUUCCUGGUCAUCGCAGCAAUUCUUUUCUUUGUGCUCUGUGUUUACGCCUUCUUCUACCUUAACCUGAGCACAGAGCUUAACCUGGAUGUGGACGUGGAUUAAUACAAGAUGGACUCUGCGCUGGAAACUUUCUUGUUUCUUGACUUAAUGCUCAAGGGCAAGAGAAGGAAGAAGUAAAAACAAAACUUAAAUUAAAAAAACUGUGUCCUAAAGGGCAUCUCUAAGUCCAAAUACAAACUUUGCUCUGUUUAGUCGACAGUCUGAAUGUCUUUUUCCACACUUGUUGACCGUCUCUUUGAUAGAAAGGAGUUUCAGGCUAUAUAUAAGAUAAUGUUUGUAACUGACUAGACAUCAAGAUAUUUUUCUUUGCAGUAAUUUUCUGUGCUAAAUUUGCAAAAUGUAAUUCAUUCAAUUCAUUCCUUUGCUCUCAUAUAUGCAUUCAUAUUACCGCAGUUCAAUGCUUGUUUCUACUGAUAGCUUUUCCCUGAGUGCAGUUUUGAAAAAUGUCACUGACCUCCAGCUUCAUUUGCUUGUUUAACAUUCUGCUGCAAAAUCUACAUGCAGCCAAGAAUACGAACCUCUUCUUUUUGACACAAGCAAUCCAAACUACAGUCGAGACUAAGCUCCGUUAAUCAUAUUCUGCAGAGUCACGUCCCACUGUUUCCUCCACUAAUAGAAAAAUGUAAAUCUCUUGCCGAGGCUCUCGUCACAUUGAGACAAACACUUGCCUCACAUUCCAGUGCACAAACCUCUCCUCCCGGAUAUCUGAAGAUCACAAAGUGUGAGAUUAGAAUCCACAAAGCCCUCGUCCUGAUUGAACAUGUGUGCAGAAUACAGAGCAACACACAUUGCACCUGCCACACAUGCAUACCUGCAGCACGGAGACAUAUAUCCUCAGGAUAAGCAUUUUAAAUAUGAUCAGGUUCUUUUCAUUUGAAUGGAAAUUAUGGAGAUGAAUGAUUACUGAAUAGAGGUGAGCCGACAUUUUUCUCAUAAGGAACACCUUGAUGGUUUUCCCUCUUUUGUAUAUUGUUGGCUUCUUAGGGAUGUAAUGUGUUUCUAUAGAAAGGAAUAUGAAGGUUUGUCAGUGCUUCUUUUUUCUACUGCUUCACUCUUUGUGUAUCAGACCUGCGAGGUGCAAGGACUGACCUUCUAUCAACGAUUUCAGUACAAGUGUUUCCACUGUUUGAGAGAUUAUUUGUUAGCAAAAGAGUACAGAUUCAAGGGCUUUUAUUAUAGCUCAUAUAGAUUUUUUUUUUGUUUAAAAUUGUAUUUUUCUGCAUGCUGUCAUCGCUUUCUUUUUCCAUUUAACACACAGCAAAAGCAAUACUGUCAUCUACAGGGAAAUUAUUUUGCAUAUGAUGAAUUUUUAGAUUAAUGAAACCGGCGAUGCACAAUAUUGGACUUUUGCCACUAUUCCAAUAUUCUCCAACUCAUUUUGACAGAUUGCUGAUAUCGAUAUAUGUGAAUAAUUAUUUCACCUAAUUGCAGCGAUCAUCAAGUCCCUCCUCUAGUGGAAUUAACAUGUUAUCAGGCCUGCUUUUAUUGUGAUGGAAACUAGCAAUAGAGUGCUUUUAAAAAAAAAAAAAAUUACAGGGCAAAAAAAAAAAAAAGACCAAUUUUAUUUUUAUGUAAGAUCUUAAAAAAACUGUAAACUUUAAGCCUGACAGGCAUUAUCUGACUGCUGAUGUUCAUUUUGGACCAUUGCCGAUAUUCCAUUUUAAAGCCUUUAUCAGCUGAUAACUGAUGACGUGCUGAUGUCAUCACGUGGCCCCAAGCAUAACAUAUAAAAGUCCAGAUACCAAAUACACAAGGGGCCUUGUGACUUCUUUCAUUCCUGACAUGUUUUUUCACGAAUCUUUAAAAAAAAAACAAAAAACACACGCACACAAGUCUUAUGUCUGUGCUGCGGCUGUGUUCCAGCGCUGAUAUGAUUCCUGAAAUGUGAGACCGAUUUUGAGCUUUCAGUUUCUGCCUUUUCUCCUCUUUUCUCCCAUGACCUCCCGACCUCUAGUAAAAGACUACACGUCAAAGAAACCAUUAUGAUAAGCAUGCACCCGUACCCUCACCCAGUAGCUUUUAUCUCGGCUUGGUACAUCUAGAAACCCUCCCCCCCAACACUGUGGGUCACUCACAUGUGUAACGAUAGAUACCCGGGCCUAAUAGACCUUCAUACAUGACACCUGUUAUCUAAAAGGUCACCAUUACCAACUGCGAGAGCCUUGACAUCAGCACAAUGCUAAGGAUCUGGCAGCCCCAGCCUAUUUACUUCAGCCCAUGUUUGGCAAAAUGGGAUAUUUUUCACUACAGUGAAAUUGUUUAUGCUAUUAUUGAAUCAGUUUAAAUGAUAUACAAACAUUUUAUGGUGUUUUGUUUGGGAUACGGUGUGGCAUCUGAAUUGCUUUUCUGUAUUUUUGUUAAAUUGCGUUUAAUAUGAAAAUGACAUACCUGUUUGUGAAGGAACAUGUUAUGCAUUGUGCAAAAGAAGCUUAAAGAACCUUUCAGUUUUCAAUAAAUUUAUUUGAAUAAA